UAACACACUUUGACAUCACCAAUUUGUUUUUUAUAAUCUCAAUGGCAAAACAACUCAUAAACGCUCUCCUCCCUUUGGUGCUUGUUCUUUUCAUUUUAACAGAAGUGGCUGAAGGGACAAAGAAAUCAUAUGGGGUAUAUAAGAGCAAGUAUGAAAAACUGUUUGUGUUUGGAGACUCCUAUGUAGACACAGGGAAUUUCAUACACUCAUCAUCGUAUAAGAUUCCUUAUGGAAUCACUUUUCCUGGUAAACCAGCUGGAAGAUUUUGUGAUGGUCGUGUUCUCACCGAUUACAUUGCUUCCUUUCUGAAAAUUGAAACCCCUACACCAUACACAUUUAGAAAAAGCUCAAACCAACAAUAUGGAAUCAACUUUGCUUAUGGAGGUACUGGUGUUUUCCAAACUUUGGUUGAUGGGCCAAACAUGACAGUCCAAAUUGAUUCACUUGAGAAGCUUAUCCAACAAAAUGUCUAUACCAAACAAGACCUUAAUUCCUCUUUUGCCCUUGUCAGCGUUUCUGGCAAUGAUUACACUGCAUUUUUAGUAAACAAUAGAACCCUUACGGAGAUAAAGUCCUUCACUGAAUCCCUUAUCAACCAAAUAAGCAUAAACAUUCAAAGAAUUCACAAAUUGGGAAUAAAUAAAAUAGCAAUUGGGUUAUUGGGGCCUAUUGGUUGUUUGCCAAGUAUAAACCGGGUAACUUUCCAUCUAGCAUGUGUUGAUAUUUUAAAUAAAAUCCCAGAAAAUCACAACAAAAUACUACUCCAAAAUGUGUCACAACUUAACCAACGAGUGGGAAAAACGGUUUUCGGCACACUUGACCUCUACAACGCUUUCCUCUCCACAAUUGAAACCAUGAAGAAAAAACAUGAAGAGGACCCAUCACUGAUGAAUCCAUUGGAACAGUGUUGUAAGGGAGAGGAUUUGGCACAAACGUGUGGAAAAGUGGAUGAUAGUGGAGAAGUGAAAUAUAGUUUAUGCGACAAACCAGAGCUUUCAUUCUUUUGGGACAAUGUUCACCCUACUCAAAAUGGUUGGCAUGCUGUCUACACAUUGUUGCAAUCUUCCCUCCAUCAACUUAUUAGUUAAUCUUUUUUUAUGGUCAUGGAUUUGCACUCUUAUGGCAUCCUCAACCUUGAUUAAAUUGUAAUUGAUGAUUAUAUUAUGUAUUGUUGAGAAAAAAAUAUGAGAUAACUAUCUUAAUAAUA